GUCCAUGAAGGAAGUCGACGAGCAGAUGCUGAACGUGCAGAACAAGAACUCCAGCUACUUCGUCGAAUGGAUCCCCAACAACGUGAAGACCGCCGUGUGCGACAUCCCACCCCGCGGCCUGAAGAUGUCCGCCACCUUCGUCGGCAACAGCACCGCCAUCCAGGAGCUGUUCAAGCGCAUCUCCGAGCAGUUCACCGCUAUGUUCCGCCGCAAGGCUUUCUUGCAUUGGUACACCGGCGAGGGCAUGGAUGAGAUGGAGUUCACCGAGGCCGAGUCCAACAUGAACGACCUGGUGUCCGAGUACCAGCAGUACCAGGACGCCACCGCUGAGGAGGAGGGAGAGUUUGAUGAGGAGGAAGAGGAGGGGUGAUGAGGCUGGCUUAAGCCUCCAUCCCUCCCCUCUCAUCCCCACACCCCCCUCCCACAUCUCUUCAACAACAACAACGCGGACUCAAAUCACCCUUCAACUUUCCUUUCCUUCAUGGACUUGUAGCAAGUGACUCAAACCAAAAAAAAAAGUAGAAUCCAUGUAUUGAAUUUCAUAUAUUAUUUUCUGUCUUUGCUGUCCACAACAUUGUCUUGAGUUGCAGAUCAUGACUUGAAAUGCUGAGGUGUUUCACCUUGUACUAUUUGUAACACAAUAAAUCUUUCUUGACACUUUGUA